AUGUCCCUAGUACCUACCUUGACCACCAUACCGGAACCUUUCCCUCUGACAUGCAUUGCCUCAGUGAAUGAGGCACGCGCCAUGCGUAUCGCCGAGAUUCUUUCUGAUUUCAGACACCUCCAACAUUACAUCGCAAACAUAAGAGCAAACCCUUCAGCCGAAGACUACUACGAGGAGGGCUAUUGCGUACUUCGCCAAUGUGCUGGAGACGCCCAGGCUCUGCUCGCUCAACCAUUCGAUUGCCAAGGACCCGAACCAGAUGGCGAUUGUGAAGAAGAGAAGACGCAGCUUCAACGAAUCAUGCUUGAUGCAAGCAUUCGACGCUUCAAAAUCCAACAAAUAUACCUCAAAGCAAGUGCAGCUCUACGCUGGGUCAAUUCCAGAAAUGCAAUCCUUGGUGCAAAUCGGCCUCAAACCAUUCAUACGCCAGCGCUACAACAGAUAACCAGCACAAUGCGAGCGGAACUUGCAUCGGUGACACCAGCUCGGGUAGAGCUAGCUCUACGAUCUCAGGACAGCGUUCAGNGGAAAUGGCUUGCAGAGGACCCGACAUGGAGCACCAUAGAAGAGAGCCUUCGGACCGGCCGAUGA